UGUUUUCGAGUGAACAAAGAUGUCUGAUUCUGCAGUUGCAACGUCCGCGUCCCCAGUGGCUGCCCCACCAGCGCCAGUUGAGAAAAAGGUGGCUGCCAAAAAGGCAACUGGAUCUGCUGCCACAAAGGCAAAGAAGCCGACUGCACCACCAUCGCACCCGCCAACUCAGCAAAUGGUGGACGCUUCAAUCAAGAACUUGAAGGAACGUGGCGGCUCUUCGCUUCUGGCAAUUAAGAAAUAUAUCACUGCCACAUACAAAUGCGAUGCCCAAAAACUGGCUCCAUUCAUCAAGAAGUACUUGAAAUCGGCCGUGGUCAAUGGAAAGCUGAUCCAAACAAAGGGAAAGGGUGCGUCUGGUUCAUUUAAACUGUCAGCCUCGGCCAAGAAGGAUCCCAAGCCAAAAGUUGCGUCUGUUGAUAAAAAGGUCAAAAGCAAGAAGGUAGCCGUUAAGAAGACCGGUGUCACCGCCAAGAAAGCUGCCGGAGCUGCUGACAAGAAGCCCAAAGCUAAGAAGGCUGUGGCUACCAAAAAGACCGCCGAGAAAAAGAAAACCGAGAAGGCAAAAGCCAAGGAUGCCAAGAAAACUGGAACCGUGAAGGCAAAACCAGCAGCAACAAAGGCCAAAACUACCGCAGCGAAACCGAAGGUGGCCAAAGCACCCAAGGUCAAACCAGCGGCGUCAGCUAAGCCCAAAAAGGUGAUAAAGAAAGCAGCUGCUCCUGCUACCGCUAAGAAGCCGAAAGCAAAGACUACGGCUGCUAAGAAGUAAACUGGAAAAGUACAGUAUCUGUACCAGUCCGCGCUCAAAAUCGCAAUUUUAGAUUUUCAAAUCUGAAAUUUAUUUAAACAAGCCCUUUUCA